GGAGGCGCCCGGAAGGACGGAAGGGAGUCUAGCCAGCCCUCUCGGUAGUAGAGGUCCGGUCCUUCAUCUGGCUCCCUUUCGUUCUCUGGGGGUAGCCUUCUGUGAGCACGUCUUUAUUUGUCCGUGCCACCGUUUCUGUUUUGGGUUUCAAUAAAGUUUUCCUCUUCCCUUGUACAGAUCUCAAGAUGGCGGCCUCCUGGUCGCCCUUGGUUACCCUGCGCUUAGUGCAGAGCCGGCUGAGAGGGAGAUGUAUUGGGUGCGGGGCCCGGGCUGCAGCUCUCGCCCCUCCGGCCACCGCCCCUGGAAACACCCUUUGGAAAGCCUAUACAGUUCAGACACCUGAGAUUACAUCUCCGAUUACGGCUGCAGAGGUUUAUUCAAAAGCUUUGGCUGUUUGCAAUGGCCCACUGGACCACUAUGACUUUCUGAUCAAAGCUCAUGAGCUAAAAGAGGAUAAGCAUCAAAGAAGAGUCAUACAGUGUUUGCAGAAACUACAGGAGGACCUCAAAGGAUACAGGAUAGAGGCAGGAGGCCUUUUUUCAAAGCUUUUUUCAAGGAGCAAACCUCCAAGGGGCCUGUAUGUUUAUGGAGAUGUUGGUACAGGGAAAACAAUGGUGAUGGACAUGUUUUAUGCUUAUGUGGAGAUGAAGAGAAAGAAGCGGGUUCAUUUUCAUGGUUUCAUGCUAGAUGUUCAUGAAAGAAUACACCGCCUUAAACAGAGUUUGCCAAAAAGGAAACCGGGAUUCAUGGCUAAAUCAUAUGACCCAAUAGCCCCCAUAGCUGAAGAAAUCAGCGAAGAAGCAUGUCUCCUGUGUUUUGAUGAGUUUCAGGUCACUGACAUUGCUGAUGCCAUGAUUCUGAAACAGCUUUUUGAAAAUCUGUUCAAAAAUGGGGUCGUCGUUGUGGCAACAUCCAACAGGCCACCGGAAGAUCUCUAUAAAAAUGGACUCCAAAGAGCUAACUUCGUACCAUUCAUUGCUGUCCUAAAGAAAUACUGUAAUACGGUCCAGCUCGAUUCUGGGAUCGACUACCGGAAAAGGGAACUUCCUGCUGCAGGAAAACUCUACUAUCUCACAAGUGAAGCUGAUGUGGAGGCUGUCAUGGAUAAGUUGUUUGAUGAGCUGGCUCAGAAACAAAAUGAUUUAACUAGACCAAGGAUUCUAAAAGUGCAAGGCAGAGAGCUGCGGCUGAAUAAAGCCUGUGGAACUGUUGCCGACUGCACAUUUGAAGAGCUGUGUGAGAGACCACUUGGAGCCAGUGACUAUCUGGAACUGUCAAAGAAUUUUGAUACAGUAUUCUUACGAAACAUUCCCCAAUUUACGCUGGCCAAGAGGACACAGGCUCGAAGAUUCAUCACUCUCAUUGAUAACUUCUAUGAUUUCAAGGUGCGCGUCAUCUGCUCCGCAGCGACCCCUAUAGGAAGCUUGUUUUUGCAUCAACAUCAGGACAGCCAGUUGGAGCAAAGCAGAGUACUGAUGGAUGAUUUGGGGCUGAGCCAGGACUCAGCAGAAGGACUCUCUAUGUUUACUGGAGAAGAGGAAGUCUUUGCAUUUCAGCGCACGCUUUCCCGACUCACCGAAAUGCAGACGGAGCAGUACUGGAAUGAAGGGGACAGAAGCAAGAAGUAACCAUCGCUUUUGCGUGAAUAAAACUCGGGACAAAUGAUUACGGCAGGGAGAACUCUUUUUUAUGGGACUUGAAGGAAUCGUUCUUCACAUCAUUAAUUAUGUACUUUGUCCUCUGGACCAUUUUUUAAUCUCAAAUUGCUGUCAAAGAUGGAGUGGAUUAGUUAAGUUAAAGCCCCACAUUGUUAUGGGUUUAAUUUUUGCCUGUUUAUUUGGCUUUAUUUCUGCACUACAAAAUUAAAACCAUCACUCCUGAAGAUUAAUGUAGGACCAGAUAUCUUGGCUUCAUAUUAAGCCACCUGAACACACACACACACACACACAUACACACACACCAUAUGCACACAUGCACAGGCACAAUGAAAUGCAGUGUCAUUCUAGACAUCUCCAAGCUUUGGCUACCUGGAGCUGCAUGUGACAAACACGCCUUUUAAUGAGAGGGGGAGAAAAACCCUACACUUCAGUACACAGCACAGAAACUUUCUGAUUCCAUUAUAAACUCUAGAGAACCACAUUUUAGAAUAUGGGCUUAUACGUGUGAUUUGGGGGCUCUCUAAAUUAUACAAAAUCUCCUAGGCCUUCAGGUUUUCUCACAACUGAGAGUACACUUUUUCACUCUGCUUGGCAGGCAGGAGUGGAUCUUAUGUGGACACAGAGUUGCCUGAAAAAAUUGAGAAUGAUGUCACCAUAGAAUAAGGAGCGAGGGUGUCACAUUCUAACCGGCAGGCAGAGCCCACAAUCCUGACCACCGGCAGGAGGACAGAUACCAGGAAAAGGGGCCAGUGAAAGCGAGUCAGGAGGAGACAGAGACCUGGACACGCCAACAGCAGAGCGGACUCGCAUUCUGCUGAGCCAGCAGGACCCCGGGGGGCGCAAGGCUGCUUCCCACCACCUGGACGCAUUUGCCCGGGUUGUGGAACCCCACCCCACCCCUCGCUUCUGCUUCUGCGGUGGGAUGGGUUUCGUGGUAAAUAGGGAAGAGCUCUUGAUGAACCUCCUUAAAUAAAAUCCGACUUGUCCUUCA